GCCAAAAUUGUACCAUUUGUCGAAGAACCUCUGUGGAGAAGGAGGUUUGCCUCACUAACUUCCUCUUCAAGUCCAUAGACUUCUUGUUGGAUAGAACUGAUAAAAAUGGCAAAGUUUUUUUUCCUUGUAGCCUCUCUGCUAGCUUUAGGGAAUGUUUCCUUUUUGCAGGCCACAUUUCCACCCAGUCUUAUUGUGGAAAUGGCACAAAUUGUCAUGGACAAUUACUGCUUACCAGAGAAGCUGGUGGGGAUGAAGGAGGAUAUUGAAGCAGCCUCAAGCAACACAGAGGUCCUCAACAUCCCAGAUGGUGAACAGUUAGCCAGCGUCUUGAGCGAUGGAGUCCAAACUACAACCAGUGACUCACGACUGAAGGUCACUUAUGAGCCAGACUAUGUUCCUGUUGUCCCCCCACAGAUUCCUCCUCUGCCACCUGAGCAGCUUGUUGCUGUCCUCCAGACAGCUAUCAAGCUAGAUCUCCUGGAGGGCAACAUUGGCUACCUGAGAAUUGACAACAUCCUCGGAGAGGAAGCUGCAGACAAGGUUGGCCCUUUGCUCGUAGACCUAAUCUGGAAUAAAAUCUUGCCCACCUCAGCCCUCAUCUUUGAUCUACGCUACACCAGCAGCGGGGACAUCACAGGUAUUUCUUAUAUUGUGUCUUACUUCAUUGAAGCAGAGCCUCAGAUUCACAUCGACACCAUUUACGACCGUCCCUCAAACACCACAACCGAGCUGUUUUCCAUUUCCAGCCUUCUGGGUCAGAGGUACAGCAUAACCAAGCCUCUAAUUAUCCUCACCAGCAAAAACACUAAGGGUAUCGCUGAGGAUGUUGCUUACUGCCUCAAGAACCUGAAGAGAGCAACCAUUGUAGGUGAGAAGACCGCUGGAGGUUCAGUAAAAGUUAGUACAUUCAAAGUGGGUGACACUGACUUCUACAUCACCAUGCCAACUGCCAAGUCCAUCAACCCCAUAACAGGCUCUAGCUGGGAGCUCACAGGCGUGACACCAGAUGUGAACGUCAAUGCAGAGGAUGCUCUCGCCACCGCAAUCAAGAUUAUCAACCUCCGUGCUCAAGUUCCAGCCAUUAUAGAAGAAUCAGCCACUCUGAUUGCUAACAACUACGCUUUUGAGAACGUCGGUGCCAAUGUUGCAGAAAAACUGAAAGAGCUCCUGACAAAGGGGGAGUUCAGGAUGGUUGCCUCCAAAGAAGGUUUGGAGACGAAGCUGUCUGAAGACCUUUUGACCCUUUCUGGAGACAAGGGCCUGAAGAGCACCAGCAACAUUUCACCUCUCCCACCAGUGAAUUACACUCCAGAGAUGUACAUCGACCUGAUCAAAGUCUCUUUCCACACUGAUGUGUUUGACGACAGCAUUGGCUACCUGCGUUUUGACAUGUUUGGAGACUUUGAGGAGGUCAAGCCCCUCGCUCAGGUCAUAGUCGAGCACAUCUGGAGCAAAAUUCUCAACACAAAGGCUAUGAUUGUUGAUCUCAGGAACAACAUUGGUGGACCAACAACAGCCAUCGCUGGAUUCUGCUCCUACUUCUUUGAUGGAGACAAGCAGGUUCUGCUGGACAAGCUCUAUGACAGAGUGUCUGGAACCACCACUGAACUGCUAACCUUACCAGAGCUCACUGGCACAAGGUACGGCUCCAGGAAGAGCCUCAUCAUUCUGACCGGCAAAGCUACAGCCGGUGCAGCGGAGGAGUUUGUUUACAUCAUGAAAAGGCUUGGACGAGCCAUGAUAGUUGGAGAGACCACUGCUGGGGCUUCCCACCCACCAAAGGUCUUUCCUGUUGGUGAAAGCGGCAUCUUCCUCGCCAUCCCUACAGUCCACUCAGACACUACACUUGGGCCGGGCUGGGAGAAAACUGGUGUUACCCCCCACAUUUCCACCUCAGCUGAUGCUGCCCUGGAGGUUGCGAAGGGCAUCCUCACCAAGCACUUCUCAGGGCAGCAGUGAACUAAGUCCUGAACUAAUCAGAUUUCAUGUUUGCUUUGGCAGUCUGAGGGUCUUGUGAGUUUGACUGAGAACAAUCUAGCUGAGUACAAAGUGUAAUCUGUUGUUAAUUCUUUCAGUAUUUAGGCCUUCUUAUGUUUAUUAUGUAAAACAGCAGUUUUUAGUGUGUUUUCCGUUUCAACUUUUGGAAAUUAAAGGCCCUGAAGAUGAAUGAAGAUCAA